UCGUCCCCGUCAAAGGUUGUAUUGCUCUGUUUAUAUUGUUUUUUUCUUGUUCUAGUAUCUGAUUGCCCUAUUAAAUGUAUCAUUCAGUAUAUCUUUUAACAGUGAUUCAAAUAUUUUGAUCACUUAUUGAUAUGUGACCUUUUGUUCAGAUAAAACUGUAGAGUAACAUGUUUUCGCGAUAUAUAUAAAAAAAAAACGAUUAAAUACACUCAUCCUUGAACAUCUCUAAUCAUUUGUUCAGUACUAGCUAUAUAAUCAUACUUUAUUGCAGAUAUUUUUCUUAUAGUUUAUUAGCUUUUUCUGAACUUGUAAAAUAUACACUGCACAGGCAAUUAUUUUAUGAACUACAGAGUAAUUCAGUACAAUAACAUUGUUAAUGUAUUAAAUGGUUUAUUCCUAACCAAAUUUUGGACCAUUAUUAAGUGAAUUCUAUAAGCCAUCACUGACGACAAGAUGAUUUGUUUCUAUUUUAGGCCAUGGAUCGUGCUCCAAAUUUGAAUGAUUUGACAGAAAUGGAAAUUAUUCAGCGAAUUAUAGAUGAAGUUGCGAGAUGGCCAGGAUCGGUCCAUGAUAGCAGGGUGCUCCGUGAAAACGGUUUAUUUGACUUGUUUGAAGGGGGGGCAUGCAAAUGGAUACUACUUGUUGGAAGAUAGUGGAUAUCCAGCUAAGAGAUCGCUGCUAACCCCCUACCUGGCACCACAGAAUGCAACAGAAGAAGGCUACAACCGGGUGAUUGUAGCAUGUUGUGUUCUGCACAACAUCUGCAAAGAGAGAGCAAUCCCUAUUAACGGUGAUGAUGAUUCUGAUGACGAGGAUGAUAAUGCAGAUGAUCAACUGGCACAGGGAGUGCAGCAACCUCCAAAUGUGGCGGGGAAUAGAUUCAGGGAUCAUGUUGCAGCAACAUAUUUCAGGCCAUGAUUUCCAUGCAGGUGCUGCAGUGACUGCAGCCGUUGUUGUUAGUGUUGUUGCUGCUACUACUUCCAGAACAGUUGACAAUGUAACUUGUGGAAAUAUCCUGUACCGGCUGUAGUGGCUCCUCGUACAGUCUGACAUUAAGAAAUAAGAAAAUAUUUACACUCAGGAAAGCCUUUGGUGUAAUAAUGUUUGACUUAUGUUUGUUAUUAAAUAAGGUAUUUAAUGAAAUUCAUAUGUCAUAAAUAUGUAUACAAUUUUUUUUCUUACUCAAUGGUAUGCGAAAGCUGUGAAGGUGUCUCCACUGCACUGCAAUUCGUACUGAAAGCAAUUAAAAGCAAUUUAAAAGUGAUACAAGUGUAUUAAAUACAACUCAUUCAAUACAAUUUUAAACAGUCUGUAGAUAAAAGAAUGGUUUACAUUUAGUAAAUGAAAUACCUUUGCAUUUGAAGUAUGGUGCUGUCCAGCCCACUGCCUAAUCCUACAAUGUUGGGUGAAUUUUCCCCCAACAACUGCCAUAACUCGUUCUGUAACCUCAGACAGUUUCACAGGAUUUGUUCCAGAACCUGAAUAAUAAUGGUGUAACAACUCCAUUAAAUUGAUUAUAUGCAAUUAUUUAGCUUGUAACUAUAUUUACAUAAUAAUCGCUUGUACCAAAAGAUUAAUCUAAUUUUGAAUAUUCACAGAAGUGUUUGAGUUGUUAAAAACAAUUGUUUGUUAAAACUGCACCUACAUAUAUGUGUGUGAUUAUUGCGGUUAUAAACUUUAAAAACAUAAUUGUUGCUUCACGUUUUUUAAAGCAAAA